GAGAUUUUGCUGCACUGAGCAGUAAUGAUGUGGUACACUGUGCUUACAUUUAUUGCGUUAGUUGGGUAUAUGUAUCAAGUAGUCAACGGCAACCAGACUCUAGCAACCAGACGGUGUUGUAACCACGACAAAUGUAUAUAUGUGAAUUAUAUUGGCUAUAACACAUCUAAGAAUACUUGCCAUUCUUUUGGUGGACGAUUGGUAAAUGUCACCCAGCUGCUCGAAAAUUGUAGUGAUAUAGAUGUUGGUGCAAACGAUACUCUGACAGGCAAUACGAUAGUGCUCACUUGCGGAUGGAAUAAUUUGAACCCGUUUUCUUGCUUUCACUGUCAGUUUCCUGAAAUAGAUGAUCAUGGAAUUGAAAUUGAAAAUCUCAACUUUACAAACCAGACACGACAUUCAGACAUCAAAUCGUUUUUCUUCUGUUCUACAACAGAUAUAUACCAAACUGCAGAAUGCCUGAAUUUCUACAUCUACAUCUUCCUAGCUACAUCAGUGGCUCUUCUAGUGAUUCUCAUACUUGUCACUGCAUCUUGUUUCAAACAGAAAAGAAAAGGGGAAACUUCAUUCUUUUCUUUAAGAUUAGCAUAA